AUGAGCACCACAGAAACCGCAGAUGCCAUGGCGGCCCCCUCGGGCAGCAGAAUCAGGACCAUCUUGAUAUGCUGCUUUGUGAUGUGCGGGUCUCUUCUCUUUGGCAUCGACUCUGGCGAACUUGGCGGCUUCCAGGCCAUGGUCAGCUUCCUGAAGGACUACGGAUAUUUCGACGAACCCACGAACUCGUACAACAUCCGAACGAAAAUACAGACCUCGCUGAAUGCCGUAUUACUUGUCGGAGCCAUACUUGCAUCCAUCUCGGCAGGCGCCAUCGGCACGAGAUAUGGUCGAAGAGUUGGUCUGAUAUGGAUGGGAGUUGUCGCCGUCGUUGGUGUUGUUUUUCAGAUCUCGGUCCCUCACGUAUGGGGUUUACUCCUUGGCCGUUUCUUUGCCGGAGCUGGUAUUGGCUAUGCGUCGAACUUCGUUCCGAUUUAUCAAGCUGAAGUUGCCCCAACACAAAUACGCGGCAUGAUGAUUGCUCUGUACCAGACUGGUAUCAACAUCGGUCAACUCAUAGGGUCUUGUAUCAACCAAGGAACUUACAAUAUGUCAACAAGAUGGGCAUAUAGAAUUCCCCUAAUCACGCAGCUCGUCUUCCCCACCAUCCUGAUUGUGUUUGCCGCCUUCUUUCCGGAAAGUCCCCGCUGGCUUCUCUCAGUCGGCAAGGUGGAAGAAAGCGCCAGGUCCAUCAGGCGACUUCGUGGAAAGACAUAUCCGGAGCAUCAAAUACAUGCUGACGUAGACGACAUCGCCAAACACAUCAGGCUCGAGAAGGAGCUUGAAGGUUCCGGCUCCUUUUUGGAUGCCUUCCGAGGCAGUGACAGACGCCGCACCCAUAUCGCCUGUGGACUACUCUUGUGGCAAGUGUUGUCAGGCAUCAGCUUCAUCAACGGGUACGGGACAUACUUCUACUCGGUAUCGGGCAUCUCAAACGCCUUUGUUGUCAGUAUCAUCUCCCAAGUCUGUCAGCUCGCCGGGAUCAUUGUCAUGUUUCCGUCCGUUCAUUUUCUUGGUAGAAGGACCAUUCUCCUUUGGGGCGCUGCUGCUGAAACCAUAUGUAUGUUCACUUUCGCGAUCGUCGGAACCGUUGCUCCCAACAGUAUCGCUGCUGCAAGAUGUCUGGUGGCUUUUAGCUGCCUGUAUGCCUUCUUUUUCACAUGGUCUUGGGGCCCAGUCGCGUGGAUCGUUGCAUCGGAAACUGGGUCCAACGUGAUGCGCUCCCGCACACAGGCUCUGGGCUCUGCAGUUUCAUGGGCUGGCACUCUCCUUAUAGCCGUGGUACUGCCUUAUUUGAUUAACCCAACAGCUGCCAACCUUGGUGCAAAGGUCGGAUUCAUUUUCGGGGUAACUUGCUUGCUUGGGUUCGUCUGGGCUUUGUUCUUCCUCCCAGAGACCAAAGGUCGUUCUCUUGAACAGCUUGAUGAGCUGUUUUUGAAUGGGGUGUCUGUGAAGGAAUUUAGCACUUACCAAUGCCGUGGCCACGUCGAGUAUGCAAGACAUGGCGUAAUCACCACCGCUGAGCUCAACGAGGACACGAAAGAAGUCGUGGCAAUCCAUACCGAGGAUACCAAAGUCGCUUGA